AAAAAAAAAAAAAACUCCUCUUCUCUCUUCUUUUUCUUCUUCUGCUCUCGUUGAUCCUUCUUCUUCCUUAGUUCAGACUCUUCUACUUCCUUCCAAGCCACUUCUCAAUCUCUGUCCUCCAUUUUUUCUCUUCUGGGUCUCGCUAAUUUUCCAUACCCAAGUAUAAGAAAGCUCGGAAAUUUGGCUCAAACCGAAAAGAAAGAGAACCAAUGGCUAGCCAAGAUCUGGAGCGAGGAGGUACAAAGAGUAGAAACAAUUACGCAUCUGGAAACUACUCGAAUCCGUACUAUGUGGAGACCUCGGAGCAUCAAUGGACUUCUUGGUUGGUUCCGAUGUUCGUCGUGGCUAACAUAGCUGUUUUUAUUGUGGCCAUGUAUAUCAAUAAUUGCCCAAAAAACAAUUCUGGGUUUGAAGGGGAUUGUGUGGCCAAGUUUCUUGGAAGGCUUUCGUUUCAGCCUCUGAAGGAGAACCCUCUCUUUGGCCCUUCAUCUUCUACAUUGGAAAAGUUGGGAGCUUUGGAGUGGCGCAAAGUUGUAGAUAGGAAUCAAGGGUGGAGACUCAUCACUUGUAUCUGGUUGCAUGCUGGUGUCAUUCAUUUGCUUGCCAACAUGUUGAGCCUGGUCUUCAUUGGGAUUCGUCUUGAACAACAAUUUGGAUUUGUGCGAGUGGGCCUAAUAUACCUAAUAUCGGGUUUAGGCGGAAGCAUUUUGUCUUCCCUCUUUAUUCAGCGCAAUAUCUCUGUUGGUGCUUCUGGUGCACUUUUUGGACUUCUUGGAGCUAUGUUGUCCGAGCUCUUAACUAACUGGACUAUUUAUACCAAUAAGGCUGCAGCUCUAUUUACACUUAUCGUUAUCAUCGCCAUCAACUUAGCAGUUGGAAUUCUGCCCCACGUCGACAAUUUCGCUCAUAUUGGAGGAUUUUUGACUGGCUUUCUACUCGGCUUCGUUUUGCUUAUCCGUCCUCAAUUCGGAUAUAUCGAGAGCAGGCAUCAUCCAGCAAAUUCUCAUGUAAAAUCCAAGCACAAGGCUUAUCAGUACAUUCUUUUGUUGGCUGCGGUCGCACUACUAAUUGUUGGAUUUACACUUGGGUUGGUGAUGCUGUUCAAAGGAGAAAAUGGAAACAAGCAUUGCAGUUGGUGUCAUUACCUAAGUUGUGUGCCUACCUCUAAAUGGAGAUGUGGAAAUUGAGGGGACUCGCUCCAUAUUUUGCUCCAAUUCAUACAUAUUGUCAUUUGAUUCUUUUAAAAAAAAAAAAAAAAAAACUUUUAUUUGUAGUUAAUUUUUAAUAUUGUUAUUCUAUUGGGAUGUUUUUGUCUACAUGUAUAGUUUUACAGAACAUAUGCUACGACGUUUGGAGAUCCCGUUAUUUAAAGAGUACACAGAAAGCAUAUGGUUAUUUCAAUACAAAA